UCAAAUUCUAAUUGCAAGUGAAUGUGUAGAGGCUCAAAAGAGGCUAAAGAGGAAGGGAAUGGCAAUUAAACURGAUUUGGAAAAGGCCUAUGGUUUAGUGGACUGGGACUUUUUGAUUAACAUAAUGAGAAGGUGUGAGUUUGGGAAUUUGUGGUGAAAAUGGAUCAGAGGUUGUCUGCAAACAUGCCAUUUUUCUAUUUUAGUGAAUGGCACUGCAGUUGAUUCCAUUGAAGGGAUCAGAGGCCUUAGACAAGGAGAUCCACUCUCUCCCUUUCUCUUUACUUUAGUGGCUCUAGGCAAGUUAAUCUCAAAGGCUAACUUGAUGCAAUUGAUUAAAGGUUGGACAAUAGGGAGAGGUAGAGCUUUGGUUUCACACUUGCAGUUUGCAGACGACAUCAUGGUUUUUUGUGAUGGGGGGGAGUCAAGAAAGUGUAGAAAAUCUAAAAUUAGUUGUGAGGCUUUUUGAGAAGAUCUCCAACUUGAAAAUCAAUUGGUCAAAGAGUAUAGUGGUUGGCAUUAAUGUGGAGUGCUUUGAGAUCUUUGGCUAAUCUGUUGAGUUGUGAAAAAGGAGAUUGGCCUUUGUGUUAUUUGGGAUUACCCCUUGGUGGAAACCCUAAAUCGGUUAGUUUUUGAAGUCCAGUAGUGGAAAGGUUUGAAAAAAGGUUGGCAAGUUGGAAAAUGAAUUAUAUUUCAUUGGGAGGGAGAAUCACACUGAUUAAAUCCACUUUGUCUAAUCUUCCAGUUUAUUACAUGUUGGUUAUUAGGAUGCCUCGGUUUGUUAUAAAAAGAAUAGAGAAGAUCAUGAGGGAUUUUCUGUGGGAGCCUAGGGAGGGGAAAAAGGAUCAUCUGGUUAAGUGGGAAAAGGUGAAACAGUUGAAAGGGGAAAGGGGUUUGGGAAUUGGAAAUGUAAAGUUGAAAAAUGUAGCCUUGUUAAGUAAAUGGCUUUGGAGGUUCCCUAAAGAAAAUGAGAAGUUAUGGACUAGAGUUAUCUCAAGUAUCCAUUGGCUAUCCAUUGGCUGUCAAGCAAUGGUAGGGAUGCGAGCUGUCUACAAAACGCCACCUUGGCUGCUCCCUGGAAGGCCAUCCAUGAUGUUCUUCCUUUGUUUAUCUCCCAUAUAAGGUAUGGUUUGGUUUUGGGUCAGAAAAUCAGAUUUUGGGAGGACAUUUGGAUAGGGGAUUCUCCCUUAUCUGAGGUUUUCCCUUCCCUUUUUGCUCUUUCUAGUCUCAAAGGAAAACCUAUUAGUGAUUUCACCGAUUCCUCCUCUUCACUUUCAAAUUUGAAUUGGAACUUGGGCUUUAUUAGAAACCUAAGAGAAUCUGAAUUAUCUAGUGUCUCCGCUUUGAUUACCUUGCUGAACUCAAUGGUACUGGGGGAUGGUAGUGGUUCAGAUUCUAGAGUUUGGGCACUCAAUCAGUCUGGAUCCUUCUCUUGCAAAUCUUUCUUGAAUUCUCUUGUUGCCACCUCUUCCUCUCCUUUCCCUGUCAAGGAGGUUUGGUUCUGUCCCAUACCACCUAAAGUCAGUGUCUUUUGUUGGGAAGUCUUCCAUGGCUCCAUUAAUACUUGUGAUCUGCUUCAAAAAAAAGACCAAAUUGGUGUUUGUCCCCAAAUAGGUGUCCUUAUGUAAGCUGGUGAGACUGCCUUUCACCUUUUAAUAUCCUGUUCUUUUGUUAAUCAUAUUUGGGAGUGGUUCUCCCUUCUGUUUGGGUGCAGUUGGAUUUCUCCUGCUAAUCUGGAAAGCUUCUUUAGCUCUCAAACUUUCAAGUAUUCUAAAGAGGCAGAAUCAUGGGAAGAUGCACUAGAGCUGCAGUGGUUUGGACAGUUUGGGAAGAAAGAAAUCUGAGGAUAUUUAAAGAUAAAGAAAGAAGCAAAGAAGUUGUGAUUGAAAUGAUUACUCUAAGGGUGGUGCACUGGGUGAAGACACUAAAAUUGUUUGCUGAUUUUAAGAUAGAAGACUUUUUCAGAUCAUGGGGAACAAUUGCAAGUUCUGCAUCUAGAAGAUCUGUUAUAAAUGAAUCAUGGUCCCCUCCGAAUGAUGGGUGGAAGAAACUAAAUUUUGAUGGCAGCUGUUUGGGAAAUCCGGACCCAUCAGGCAUUGGUGGGGUAAUAAGGGAAGAGAAUGGAAAUGUGUUAGCCGUGUUCUCAGGUCCUAAUCAGCAUGGGGAUGUGGAGAGUUCAGAAAUGAAGGCAGCAGUACUUGGUGUUGAAAAAGCUAAAGAAAUGGGGAUUUACAGAUUGAUUAUUGGAGGGGACUCAAAAAUUGUGAUAAAGUGGCUGAAGAAAGGGGAAGGAAUAAUUUGGCAGUUAAGAAAUGAGCUCAGGCGAUUCAAGCAGGCUUCUAAAGAAAUGGUGAUUCAAAUAAGGUGGAUUAGAAGGUCAUCUAACAGCAUGGCUGAUGGCCUUGCUAAGCAAGGAAUUCAACGACAAUCUAUGUUUUGGGCUAUGUUGUAGUUAGUGGAUCUAUUUAGGGUUACCUUUGGGGCUGCGAUGUAAUUAGUGGGAUAUAUUGGACUUUUUGUCCGCCCACAACUUCUUGUUGUACAUAACUUUUUAAAUUAAUGAAUCUAUUGUGUUACUGAUAAAAAAAAGAAUGCUAGUUUAGGUCAUGUUCAGCCUCCAUCUGAUCAGUACAAAGUAUCUAAAUAUCGAAAUUUAAUAUUUGCGAUAGCUUUGUCUCACAUCCGAGACCUUUCACUGAACUGGUCGUGCAACAGCGACAAUCAAUGAAAAAGAGUAAGCAACGCUUACCCGCAUUAGAAAUAAUAAGUAGAGGGUCUCUGAGUGCCGUCUAUGUAACAAGGCGAACAUGAAUAUUAGGGCUUAACAACUAAAACCGACUUGCAAGGCAAACCACAUCAAGAAUAAAGAAAUCAAGAAACCCUGAGUCAAAACAAGAAGAAAACCAACUAUACGAGGAGAG